UUUUUCUAAAAUUAAUAAUUGUGUCAAACAAAUUCAAAACCAAUACGAUUAUGCGGAGUAGAGAAACGAAGAAUAGCCAAUUUUAGCUAAUUCGAACUUCCUCGUCUUGACCUUUCCCACAAGAGAAUAUCGGCAGUUAUUUCCGUUUGGACCCCCCAACUUGGCCAGAAAUCCCAUUCGAAUUCUUAGCUGCAAGAAACAAUGGAUCAACUUCCAUCGCAUCAAAAACACGAAUCUCGACAGUAACGGAUGGUGAUCUAUCGUUUCUCACCAACGUUUUUCCUUUCCCCGCCGCCCGCCCUUCCCAACCCGUAUAGCCUUCCCUGCGGCCAGGAAUCGAAGCCGAACCAUUGAUUAACUGCUAGAGGCGAAAACUUUUCUAUUUCCUUCUGCCUGUUAGGCCUCACGCCCAAGCCCCAGCAAUGGCGAACUUGAGCUCCGGCGUCCUCCUCAAGCUCAUUCGCGACAUGAAGUCGUCAUCUUCCUCCGACUCCGGAUUCCUCGCCGACGAUUAUCUCUCCGACGACGACAUGGACGACGGUUCAUCCAUCCUUCAAGUGACCGGCAUCGUCCCUGCCCUGGCCGACUCCGAUCUUUUCCCUGACCGAGGGUUUUAUCUCCAGGUCUCCGACUCUUCGCAUUCCACCUACGUCUCCCUACCGCCGGGCCACGACGAUCUCAUCCUCAGCGACAAUCUCCAGCUCGGACAGCUCAUCCUCGUCCGCCGUCUCGAAGCCUCGUCUCCUGUUCCCAUCCUCCACGGCCUACGUCUCAUCCCAGGCCGGCGUCCCUUCCCUCAGCACACCGCGGCCAUACACGCCACGUCGUCCGGAACAUGUUCGACGAUUUGCCCAGCCACGCCAGAGAGGAAGAAGCGGCAGCCGCGGUCUGCGAACACUUGGAAGAUGGAUGGGCGGAAGGUUGGGCAUGGGAUGCUGCAUUCUAAUUCUUGUCCGAGUUCGCCGACAAAGAGGAAGGAAAUAGACAGGGUUUUCUCUGUGGUGAGACAGCCGAUGAAGAUAGGUGUUUCACAUAUUGAUGAGGAGAGUGACGAGUCUGAUAAGUCUUCAGUUAUUACUAGCAUCUCGAACUCUUCCUCGCAUUCUUUUGUGUCGAUGAUUCCAAGGCCAAAGACGGUGAGGAAGAUCUGGGAACCUGAUGAGUUCAUGAAGGAUAGGAAGCGCGAGGACAAGCCUAUCCUCAAAACGCGAAGUUCCAGUACUGGUAAUUUUGCCCAUUAUAGUUCCUGCAUAUCCAAAGGUGAAAGUUUGGAGGAAUCAUGGGCUGGAAAAAGAGAUGGAGAAGAAUUAAAGGUACUUCUCAGUAAUUCUGCCAAAAGGAAGAUUCUCACUGCAAGCAAGGCGUCCACAAAGAAUCCUUCUACAACAAUUCCAUUAAGUACAUAUGAUGUUAUGAAGUGGCCAGACAGCAAUGUGUUGUGGGGAUCGCUUCCAUCUAACUUAGUAAAGUAUGGGAAGGAAGUCUUGAGAAGAAGGGAUAGCGCUCUCUAUGCUACUUUGGAUUCCUUGCAGGAGGCAUGUGCAUUGGAGAGGUUACUUGGAUGUCUGAGCACAUACUCAGAGCUACAAGCCAACAAGGACCGUAAUCCCCAGAAGGUAGUAGACAAAUUCUUGGACUUCCAUGAAGACCUUUCCAGAGCCGCCUUAUCUACUCAGUCAUUGGCUAAAACAAAUUCCAGCUUUUCUCAGUCUAUAUCAACUUCCACUAUACAGGCAGCAAAAGAUGCAUCAGAAAGAAGAAAAUGCGCAGCUUCAUGCAUCAAAGCAGCACUGAAAGCAGAAGUCUCAAAAUCUCCAAGGAUAACAAACACCACUGUAGAUCCUAUAGAAUCCUCAUCUUCUGACAGAAAGCCACAUACCUCCAUUAGCAGGCAAAAGAAGAGCACUGAGUUGUCAGCUGUAAGUGCUCUUCCAACGACAUUAAACUGCAAUAUAAUGACUGUUGAUUUGGCAAAGGCACUGCAAUCUGAAUGCAACAGAUGGUUUCUAAGAUACAUUGAGAAAUUCUUAGAUGUUAUCCAUAGCAACAGAAGUUGUAAAGCAAAAGAGUCUCAGAUUGCAUCUUUACUGUGUCAACUGAAGCGAGUUGAUGACUGGUUGGCCACAAUCAGUGCCAAGGAUAAAUCUUGGGCUGUCGAACGCUCGAAAGAAAGCUUUCUGUUGGAGGAUGAUGAUGCCGAAGCGUGUGAAAGGGUGAGAAGGAAGAUUUAUGAGAUCCUUCUUAGGCAUGUGGAAAGUGCAGCCAUGGCUUUGGAGAGCAUGAGCACAGCAGAUGAAGAUAAGGUCGGGUAGUUCCAUGAGAUUCAGGCUUCGUUUGGGACGACUUUUUUAUUACUUUUUAAAACAGAAUGUACUAAAACUAUGUUUUAAAAAGUAAUAAAAAAGUCGAAGCCUUGCUCUGCUGUACAAAAUUUGUUACCUGAAGUCUGGGGCAGUAUCAUUUGAUGAACUUCAUUUCAUGGUUAUCUAACAUCAAAUUAUUACAUCCGGUCACCGAACGCGUAGAAUAGGUUCGGACAUCCAAUAAAAACAUGCCACGUCACCUGUGCUUUUGACUGCGCUUUGACUACGCUUUAGGUGCGCUUUGACUGCGUUUUACCUGCGUUUUUGACACGCUUAAUUUAAAAUAAUAUUUUAUUGAUAUCCGGACCUAUCUCCGCGUCCGACAACCGGAUGUAAUAAUUUCUUAUGUUAUUAACGUUUUCUUUCUCAAGUUUUAUAUAGCAUUGUUGAUUUGAAUUGGCAAAUAGAGAAGUAAUGUGUAAUUAAUAUUAAUAAAGCAUAAUUAGCCAAA